AAAUAUGUAUUGGUCUGUGGUGUAUAUCUGUUAGAGGUUAGAAUAUAAAUAAUCUGCGAUUUUAAUAAUUUUUGAAGAAAUUAAAUAAUAAGAUAUGAGCACCGAUAAACAUAUUUAAAGCGAUUAUCUAGAAUGUCUCUUGUAAUGAGUUUUACUGUGAAAAAUUUACUGCCAGCAACAAUAUGUUCUAUCCGCAGUAAUUUUCCAUCAAGUAUUCAUAAAUAUAGUACUGGGCCAAGUAAAACUUCCAGCAAUGUUUUGGAUCACCUUACUGACUGGGAAACUUUAAGUAAAAAUAGGAAAACCAGUAAAGCUAUGAAAGCUUACUUGGAAAGAGCUAAAGAACAUGAUGAAUUUAUGAAAAGGCAGCAUUUGGAAUUCAAUAUAGGAAAGAGACACCUUGCUAAUAUGAUGGGAGAAGAUCCGGAAACUUUCACCCAAAAGGAUGUCGAUAGAGCAAUUGAAUAUUUGUUUCCUAGUGGGAUAUAUGAUCCUGCAGCGCGUCCACUUAUGAAGCCACCAGAAGAAGUAUUUCCGGCACGAAAGGCCGCCGAAUUUGACGAGGCGGGUAGACCACAUCAUUUCUUAUUCUACACAGGCAAACCAAGCUUUUUUAAAGUUCUUUAUGAUGCAGCAGAACAUAUUCAAGCAUUAAAUAAGUUCGAAGAUAAGGUUAUAAGAAAAAAAGCUACUCCUGAUCCUAAUGGAUCUCUUAAGCUAGAGGGUAGUGUGUGGUUAACAAAAGAACAAUUGGAACAAUCCUUGGUAGAAAGCAUUAAAGAAAUUGAAUAUGAAAACUUCAAAGUUGUCAUGGAAAGAUUGGUUUCUUCACCUUAUGCAUACUUGUGCAAAGAUUUUAUUGAGAAAUAUAGAAAGCCCUUGGCUAUGCAAAGGUUUGCUUUAGAGAUCCCUAAACCUAGUUAUGAUGAAGAAGGCCGUGCCUUUAUUACAACUUAUGAAUGUUUAAGGAAGAAGGCUAGAGGGGAAGUCACCAUAAGAUAUCCUGGUUCAGGAAAGAUCUCAAUUAAUGGUAAAGAUAUUACUUAUUUUGAAGAUAUACAGCCAAGAGAACAGGUCAUGUUUCCUCUAAUAUUUUCUGGGAUGCAAAACAGUGUUGAUGUAGAGUGCCACAUAGAAGGUGGUGGUCCUUCAGGUCAAGCUGGUGCUAUACGGUGGGGUAUAGCUUGGAGCCUACGUAGUUUUGUUGAGAAAGACAUGUUGGAGAAAAUGCAAGUUGCAGGGCUGCUUACAAGAGACCAUCGUCGUCGUGAGCGUAAGAAGCCUGGCCAACCAGGAGCCCGUAAGAAACCCACUUGGAAGAAACGAUAGUUGAUACAGUGAAUUUAUCAUUUAG